GGCCUGGGGCUGAGCUUCAGCAUGGGGGAGGCCCCCGGCGAGGCGGAGGAGGAGGCGGCCACGGCCGAAGCCGUGCGGCGCCUGGCGGCGACACUGUGGCUGCGGCUUCGUGGAUGGGAGGCGGUGCUGGCCGCGGCGCAGCGCCUGCUGGUAUGGGAGAAGCCGCUGCACAGCCUGGUCACGGCGGCCGCACUCAACGGCCUCUUCUGGUUGCUGUCGUCGUCUUCCCUGCGGCCCUUUUUCCUACUCAGCAUCUCGCUUUUGGCAUAUCUUCUGCUGGAUCUUUGGCAUCCUCGCUUCCUCCUUGAUGUCCCAGCAUCAACCCCAGAGGAGCCGAACUCGGACAGUGAGGGUGCGGGGUCAGGCGCCCAGCCGCACCUGCUGAGCGUGCCCGAGUUGUGCAGAUACCUGGCUGAGAGCUGGCUCACCUUCCAGAUCCAUCUACAGGAGCUGCUGCAGUACAAGAGGCAGAAUCCAGCUCAGUUCUGUGCUCGAGUCUGCUCUGGCUGUGCUGUGCUGGCUGUGCUGGGACACUAUGUUCCAGGGAUCAUGAUUUCUUACAUUGUCUUGCUGAGUAUCCUGCUCUGGCCCCUGGUGGUUUAUCAUGAGCUGAUCCAGAGGAUGUACACGCGCCUCGAGCCCUUGCUCAUGCAGCUGGACUACAGCAUGAAGGCGGAAGCGGAUGCCCUGCAUCACAAGCAUGAUAAGAAGAAACGACAGGGGAAGAACGGACCCCCCGGAGGUGACGAGCCACUGGCGGAGACAGAGAGUGAAAGCGAGGCAGAAUUGGCUGGCUUCUCGCCGGUGGUGGAUGUGAAGAAAACAGCCCUGGCUUUGGCCAUUACAGACUCGGAGUUGUCAGAUGAGGAGGCAUCUAUAUUGGAAAGUGGUGGCUUCUCUGUAUCCCGGGCCACAACUCCGCAGCUGACUGAUGUCUCUGAGGAUUUGGACCAACAGAGUCUACCAAGUGAGCCAGAGGAGGCCCUGAGCCGGGAGCUGGGGGAGGGAGAGGAGGCAGAGCUGGCCCCCCCUGAAGAGCUGCUGGGCCCCUCAGAGACCCUCUCAAGGCAGGCCCUGGACUCUGAGGAGGAGGAGGAGGAAGAGACAGCCAAGGAGACUUUGCUUCGACUCUCCUCUCCCCUUCACUUUGUAAACACGCACUUCAACGGGGCAGGCUCCCCCACAGAUGGAGUGAAGUGCCCCCCAGGGGGACCAGUGGAGACUCUGCUUCCAGAGGCAGUGAGUGGUGACCUGACUACUCUGCCCAGCUCCCUGUCACCCCCACUUGGCCUUGCUGUAAGUGACCCAGUCCCCUCCCCCUCCAUGCUCCCACCUCUCCCCCAGGACUCACCCCAGCUCCUGCCUGCCCCUGAGGAAGAGGAGGCUCUUGCCACUGAGGACUUUGAGUUACUGGAUCAGGGGGAACUGGAGCAGCUGAAUGCAGAGCUGGGGUUGGAGCCAGAGACACCCCCAAAGCCCCCUGAUGCUCCACCCCUGGAGCCCGACACCCCAUCUCUGGUACAGUCAGACCAAGAGGCUCAGGCCCGGGCAGAACCAUGA